UUCGCUGAUAAAUGAAAGUACUUCGGCUAAUCAGUAGGGAAGGUCAUAUAUUUAUUUUGGACGAAAAAAUCGCAUCCUAUAGCCGUUUUAUCAGUUCUGCACUCAGUUCUAAAGUUGAUAUCCUGAUACGCUACAGUGUGUGACCCUUUCAUACAUUUGAAUGCUGUGUAGGUUUUGUCGAGGGUGAAUCUAGGAAAAUCACUUUAAUGUGUAUUUCGACAGAGACUUUAGAAAAGUGUAUUCAGUACUUUUAUUAUAAGGAAAGAUGGGAGGGGUCUUUAUGUGAUGUACCAGAGUUUCAGUUCAAUAUUGAAAGUAGCCUUGAUCUGCUGGCUGCAGCCUCUUUUUUAGGUGCUUGAGCGUGACGAAGCGAGUUAUUUUUUUCGCUUCCUAUCUUCAGUUAGUACAAUUGGCAAUACCCGAUAUAAUGGCAUUCAGGGAUACGAACUAGCGGGCUGAGAUUGGCAAAUAUCCUGUGCACAGAAGACUAGAGUUUAAUGUACAUAUUGCUGAUAAAAACAGACAUGCAUCGAGAGAUUAUGCCGGAAAGCCUGAAUAGAUUUUUUUGUCAUUUUUGGACCAAGGGUCUUGCAGUUUGACUUCGUCAUGUCAUGGUUCUCAUAUAAAAAGAUAAAGUUAAAGGCCCAUAUAAGUCCUUCAUUUUUAGGUAAUAUUACAGAAGGUUUUAAGCUGCAGCUGAGAUCUAAAUUGUUUAGAUGGAUUCCCGAAGUUUCUGGCAUACUUUUAGGAUGGAAAAAGCUCAGAAUACUCGAAUGUACUGGUACUGUUUUGGGUGAUCUUGUUCCACUACUACAAAUUCCUAUUUCUAUAAAAGCCCUUAUUUGGUCUCCUAAGGAGGGUGGGAUCGUUAGAGGGAAUUUGGCACAUAUGGGCUACGAUUAUAUGGCAAUACAUGUUUUGGGGAUUUGGAAUGCUGCUAUCCCUAGUAAGAGGUUCGCCUCAUCACUAGACUGUAGUGCCAUUAAGGAGGGUGCUGUGAUACAGUUUCGUAUACAUAGGUAUGUUUCUGCACGUUGAUAUUAUUUUGAAUUGAAGUGCUAUAAUAACCUCUUUCAGACUUCAGAUUGUGAAUAAUCUAUUAUCCAUUGAAGGAACGUUACAAGGUGAAAACGUAGGUAUUGUGAAUGAAAACGAUGAAGU